UUUAGUCAAUAAUACCAUUUCGUUAGCAGACUUAUCCGGCUUUUUUAUUGAAGAAAAACUCCAAAAUGUCUUUAGUUUUAACCGAGCUUGAAGCGUUGGUGCAGCAAUACGUUCCGCAAUUGAUCAAAUUGUUGACUGAAUUCGAUGAAACCGAAGAAAACUACAGUCUGUGCCAUAAGUUUACACUGGGUAUAAUACGAAACCAUCGGUUCCUAUCUGUUAACAGCCACGAAACUCGCCGGAACAUAGAAUCCGUAAUAGAAAACAUGGAACUCAGUAAUUUCGCUGCUGAGGCACGCCAGUUGCGGAAGUCCUACGAGGAUUUUAUCACUGAUCCGCUGUGUUUGAACCACUAUGUUCACGAAAUUCACUGGUCGGUGCUGUUGUUUCUUCUCGGUGUGGCUUACAAUCCGCUUGGUGCACUAAAAGCUCGUUUGCGAAAUGGGGAAGUACUACAACUUGUCACACCGGAACCGACAUUAGUGCCAUGGUAUGAUAAGGAACGAGAUGAUCUGAUUGCAGAGCUGUUUGAGGAAAACUUUGCUGUUGGCUUCAAUGAUGGGGAUCAAGGAUCGGAGUUGAGUGAUUGGAGUGACCUAGAGGAUGAUGAACGUGGUGAAUAUGUGAAUAUCGAACAGAAAGAUUCAGUCGUGGAAACGAUGGAAGUUGGCAGUCAACUAAUCGGUGACGGAAAACAGGAAGUGGUUGUCCAUAGUAAAGUAGCACCUCCGAGACAGGAAGAAACCUAUCGAACGUUCAGUUCGGCUAAUGCCUACGAAUGGCUAGAAGAGAAUCUUCAAAACCGUUGGUGGGGCGAUUCUUAUUAUCAGACCGUGGUUAAUAGUGAACAUAAAGUAGCAUCGUUUUGUAAUUUCUGGACUGAAUGCAUCGUAAAAGCAUCGCAUGGAUUCCUCAAAUCUGAACCUAUCUCAACAGUUUCCGAGUAUUGCGUGUUGCGCGAGAUUCUUUGGAUGUUUACCAACCCAGUUGAUUGCAAAUUUUUCCGCAUCGAUGACGAUCAGAUAUGGAUCAAUUCAAAUGUGUCGCUCCCAAGCACGACGGAACACGGGAUACAUACAUUUCUAUUGAAUUUUACCGAAUGCAUGACAAUCGCAUACAGGUUGAGGAAUUUUUGCAGCAAUAUUCUCGAGCAGACGGCUAAAACCCUGCCAGCACCACACUCAUUUGAAUGUUACGCUGCAGGAGUGAAGAGUUUUCUAAACCACAUGGACACGGUUAUGAUAGCAAAAGAAAGAGAACUUAUCCGGCAGGAACCGGGGAAAACGCACACGAUCAUAACGUUCUUCAAUGAGCUGGAGCCUGAACUAUUCGUGCUGAAGAAGCUAUACGACAUCCACAAAUUUUCUGUGCUCGAUUGGACGAAAUUUCCUGCCCACAUUGCCGUUGCCCACUUGCUGUCCGGAUUGUUUCGUAGCGUAAAAUUGAGCGCCAACUUGGAGAAAGGGAAUCUUGCCUUCGCUUUGCUUUUAGCAACACUGAAGUGCUACAUGAACAUGAUUGACACGUGGUGGACGGAAGGGCGACUAGACGACUGGCGCGAAGAGUUUCUAGUUGAAAAAGCAUGUUCGGAAAAUUUACCAGUUGGCUUACUUACCGGCUACCAAGCAAGAUUGUUUUCAAAGUGUAAAAUUAGAUCAUUUUACGUGAGCUCAGCAAUUUCGGAUGUAAUUGAAAAUGAUCCAAUAAUCAAACUACUGCUGCACCAUUCUCUCGAGGCCGGCUACACUUUAAACAUCCUGAAUGGCUUGGAUAGAAUCAGCGAUAUGAGAAAGGAACAAAAUAUGGAAGAAAAUCUAGUGUAUCAAAGCUUUCUGGAAGCAAUCUUGGAGGAACUGGAAACAUUCCGCACAGAAGUAGACACAGUAACCGAAGAAACUUUCAAUAUCGACCGGCAAUACUCGUUGGAUGCGGAACAGGAAAACGAGAACAUCGCGAUGUGUAACCUAAAGAAACAAAUUCGGGAAAUAUGUGAUGAUGAUCUUCUACUAUUGGCCUUCAACAGUACAUUGAUUUUGGCUAGUAGUGAAAAUGUUGGCGAUGAAACUGAAGCGGUCGCCAGCAGCAUUGCAUCUAACACGACGGGGCGUAAAGUUACGAAUGCUUUUUCCCUAUACACAAUUCUCAAUUCAAUUUCGACGCUGCAGCUACCACUCGAGAAUGUCCUCUUUAAUGCGAUAAAAAAUUUGAUGGAAACCAAGCGUCAAGCGGCGAAUCAUUAUGUAACGUACAUCUACAAGGAAGAAUUCCACGUGAUGGACCAUCUCAAAAACAUACGAAAAGUUUUACUACUAGAGGCAAGUGAUCUCAUGGAUUACUUUUACAGCAGUUUGUUCCGACGCAUCGAGGCGGGAGAAAGCUGGGCUAAUCCCUAUCUUCUCACCAUACAGUUGAAUGAUAUUCUUGCAUCGAGGUUCACCGAUAUGAACACACUUUUCACCGUGGAGGUAGAUCGCUCAGCCAUUUACCAGUUGGAUACAACUUCUGUGCUGUUGGCUAUAGAUGAAAUUCGUAUCCUCUACAAUCCAGGGCAUGAUUUGAGCAACAUGGUUAACGAGGAGACGAUGGCGAGCUACAACAGUGUGUUUCGAUUUCUCCUGAAAGUAAAAUGGGCCCUCGGAACCUUGGAAACGUUACGUUUUCCCGAUUCACAAAAGAAAAGACCACCAUACACGACCUUCGGAAUGCUCGAUUUAAUACUGAAGCGGUUGGCAAUGCUUAAGUUUUGGAUGAUAUUUUCUGUGCAGUGCAUACAUUCGCACCUAAUGACUCAUGUGCUCCAAUCGUUCGGUGAACAGUUGGAUGAAAAGCUAAACCAGGCCGAUAACUUGAGUGAAAUGAUAGCCGUGCAUCAGUCGUACAUUUCUACAAUUUUCGAACACUGCUUCCAGCAGGAUGAUAGCAAACAGCUGAUGGAAGGAAUAAUUCGGCUGCUGAAUCUGGUGUACAUUAUGCGCGACGAAUGGCUGAACACGGUGCUGUAUUCGGAAAUGGACGCCCGAGGAGAUAUCGAAGAUAACGGAACAAUUACAGAUUUCAUCACAAAUUCCCAGGUCGAUGAACUUGAAAGGACAUACUGUACAUGCCAUCAGCAACUUGCGAAACUGCUAAGCCGGGAGGCUUACGGAAAACAUAAACUACACUUAACUGGUCUGGCGGAUGCGUUUAGUUAUAAUGUCCCAUACUGAGGCAGUGCUGCGGUCUAAUACUGUAAACUGCGUUUGGUACCGAUGUCGUCCAAUAUUUGCUGAAGCUCAUCAUCCUCAAAGCGUCCUUCCAA